CAAGUCGACGGUUGUGAAGGAAGAAAUGCCUGCUCGUGUGCGACGGAAUUUGAGUCCAAAUGAGAAAUCGAAUGGGUUGGAGCUGUAGUGAUGCGGCUCACCGUUCGAAAGGCGGUUCAAGGGACUGCUGUUUUUUGCUCUCUGGUAUGUUUGAACAUUUUGUACCAAGUUAGCCAGCAAGGCGGUACGGAGGUGGGAGGGCCAGAGUUUGACGGGAGUUACCGCCAUGGCCGGCGGGCGCAGUUCGUACAGGAGCCUCCGGACGCCCUGGAUCUUGUUAAAACUUUUAAUGCAGUCCCCGGCCGAAGACCAAGAAGUGCCAAGGGAGGUUUGGACGAUAGUCACCAAAGAGCAAAUGCUUCCCGUAGUCUGACAAAUGUCAAAGUUUCCGACCACAAUGUCGAUCAGUCGAAAUCCAAAGGCAAAAAGCACCGACUCACGAACUUGGGUGAUGUUUACAUCAGUGUCAAAACUACUCAGAAAUAUCAUCAGAGCAGGGUGAAAAUAUUGCUGGACACCUGGGUACAGUUGGCACGUGAACAGACUUAUUUCUUCACUGACACAGAUGAUGCCGAGUUACAGAAAAGAACAAACGGCCACAUGAUCAACACUAACUGCUCUGGCCAACACAACAGACAAGCUCUUUGCUGUAAGAUGGCGCAGGAGUACGAUUAUUUUCUGCAGUCAAAAAAAAGGUGGUUCUGUCACAUAGACGAUGACACGUAUGUGAAUGUCCCAGAACUGGUCAGACUUCUGCAGCAGUACAACCACACAGAUGACUGGUACCUGGGCAAACCCAGCCUUAAGCACCCGAUUGAGAUUGUGGACCGCGAAAACCAGGGGGUGAAGUUGGCGUUUUGGUUUGCCACAGGUGGAGCCGGCUUCUGUAUCAGUCGUAGCCUGGCUCUGAAGAUGAGUCCACAUGCCAGUGGUGGUCGCCUCAUGACAGUUGGUGAGAAGAUUCGCCUGCCAGAUGACUGCACCAUUGGCUACAUCAUACAUCAUGUGCUGGGCAAGAGGUUAACGGUUAUUCAGAACCUGCAUUCUCACCUGGAAGCUUUGUGGUUACUCAGGGAUGGUCUCUCCAGUCAGAUAACCUUCAGCUACUCACAGUAUGGGGAUAAGAUGAAUGUGGUAGAAGUGGCUGGGUUUGACCCCUCACAGGACCCCACCAGGCUGUACUCCUUGCAUUGUCACCUAUUUCCAUACUUCAAACAGUGUGAGAGCUUGUACAAAAAGCAGGCCUAACUCAGAAUUAACCAGUCAGAUGUCCAGCCAGAAGAGAAGUUGAUGGGUGUGAAGGCUGCUGGCAACUGCAUCAGUCACUUCAGUAGUGACAACUACCUAAUGGCAAGAUCUCAUAACCAUGCCAGCCCUUGGGAAUGAGCACUCAGGGGAGACUACUUUUGGUUCCCUCCUCUCCUUGCAAUUUAUAUGCCCUUGCUUGGCAUUAUCUUUUUUCUUCCUUGUCUUCCAGAAUGUGUUUUUUAAGUCCCUGACUUAUUACGUGUCUUCCAUAAUAUGACAAAAGAUGAAGCUGAAGACAAAACAAAUGAACGAGAUAGUUGACUUUUGAUAUUACUGGUACUUGUAGUAUCUAUAAAAUGGAGGUAACAUUUAUAUAAGACUGCUAGUGCAGCUGAGAUGUGAUCGUAUAGUUAUCUUAUAAUACUUACAUUAGCAUAAUUAAUGUCACACCUAAUAAACACAGUCAGCCCUGAGAUCAAACACUUUCCUUAUCUUGUCAAUCUGGAUCAAACACUUUAUCUGUCAUCAAUCGGGAUCAAACACUUUGCCUGUCUUAUCAACCUUUUGGGACAGGUAAAAUACUGGUUUAACCUUGGAAAAUGCAUUUUUAUGUGCAUAAAAAAAACUAUUGCAAUGUUGCAACUAAAACCUUAUCUUUUUUUGUGAACGAAGACUGAAACGCAGUUGAGACUUCUGUGAAAUGUUCUCUGUGAGUUUCAGGGUAAACCCUGGAAUACUAGGAAAACUUGGCGGGUAAUGUCACGGUAAGAUUGAGAAAGGUUUGUGAUCUCAGGGCUUAUUGUUGACUUCUGCACAUACUUCAUAAAUGUAAAUAUGUACAAACAUCACUGUGUGCUGUUCCUCUUAUUCUCUUUUUCCUUCACCAUUUCUGUUGUUUACAUGUUAGAUAAAGCAGAGCGUGCUCAGUGUGUUUAAUUCAUUAUUGUUUGUAUUUCACGAAAGCUGUGUAUUAUGUGCCUCAUAUAUUGAUCAGCAUUGUGUGUAAGAUUUCAUUUUAGUACUCUCAUAUUUCCUGUCCUACACUGAUUUCACAUUUAUAAUCCUUCCUGUGCUUUGCAAGCUUCUGCUCUGGUUUCCUUGGGAACCAGGUGUUAAGUGUAAUAAUACGACUUGUAUGGCUUUUGGGCUGAAUUGUGAUCUAAAGGUGAAGCAAUACGGGAGUUUGGCAUUCAAGCUCUUUUGUUCCUAAAGGUAAAAAUAGCCCUUCUGUAUCAUGUGACCUGUAAAAGUUGUUUGGCAACUUUUUGUGGACAUUCAUUUUUGACAUUCACCUUUCUCACUAUAUUUUUAAUAUGGUACAUAAAAGAAAAAGCUUUUCUUCAGGAAUUUCUUGAGUUUACAAAGGUCUGGCUCCUCAGUUUUCUCACUCAUUCGUCUCCUCUACAUAACCUUUUUUGAAACUUUUACAAGGCACCAGUGUUGUAGUAUAUAUAAUAAAAAUAGUUGCCCAUAAUUUCGGACAGGUCAAAUGGCACAUUGGGACAUUUUUUACCUUCAGUGAUAAAAGAGUGCGAACUGGAAACUCCCCUAUUGAUUGCAGAUUUUUACUGACCUUGGUAACAAAAGCCAGCUGAUAAAAGAAGAUAUUUAAUAUAAUCUGUGUUUGUAAAUUGUGACCUUUGCAAAUAUUUUUAAUCAUUAUUUAUUAGUUUUUGUUUUAUCUUUGCAUCAUUUUUACCAUUUCCUUGAUCAUUCCAUAAAUCAAUGGCAAUAGUGUUACAAAUCAGGUGCGUCAUUUUAAGCUUAUGUUUUAGAUGUGUGCUACUUCCUGUACUUAUAGCCUUUGUCUUUGUGGUCUUUUGUAUAUACUUAUUAUAUAGAUAUAUAUAUAUAUAUAUUUUAAGCAAAGAUUAACUAUCCAGAUUUCUAGCCGGUUGUGUUUUACUCGAUCUGUCAUGGGUCGUCAUCUUUUAUGUUGUGUCUAUGCAAUUUCUCUUGUGUGUUUUACGGUGAUAUUUGUUGCAUUUCAUGCAGUUGGUAGACAGGUAUCCCGUACACAAAGUUUAUAUGUGUGAAUGUACAAGGAGAAAGGUGUUUUCUCAGGUCAGUUACUGUUGUGUGCUCAGUCUAUAUCGGGGUUGUCCGACGGGUACAUUCAUGCUGACAUUGUGUACUGUUCGAUUGCAUCUCAUUAAAGUUUGUCGUUGACAGAACCACUUCAACAUUCACUAAACAUUUUCCUCAUGUGUUUCUGUAUCUUUGGAAACACCUCCUUUUCUACUAUAAGCAGGAUGUCAUACAUACAUAUAUAUGUAUAUCAAAAUUCAAGAGAAGAUUUACAGUGCAUAAUAUUGUGUAACUUGGUGUUAAAACUGCUAAUGUCUGGCUCAUGGAUGUCAUAAGCCUUUGUGAGAUUUCCCUUGUACAGUAUUUUUGUACCUCUGGCCGUGUGAUGUCUUCCAGUGGACUUGCCUGCUGGUGGUCAGUUUAUCUGACCAUGUGAAUCUUGUAUUCCCAUCAUCAGUUGUUACAUGUCACGUAGGUUUUGAUUAGCUCGCUGAUCCACAUGGUGAUUGUACAUGCAGGCUCAGUUCAUGGUAACUACAAUGUGAACACAUGUUAAACACAUACGUGUGUACUAUUACAUCAGUUCGUGGUACCUACAGUGUGAACACAUGUUAAACACAUACGUGUGUACUAUUACAUCAGUUUGUGGUACCUACAGUGUGAACACAUGUGAAACACAUACGUGUGUACUAUUAAAUGAUUUUGUGGUACCUACAUACGUGUGUACUAUUACAUCAGUUUGUGGUACCUACAGUGUGAACACAUGUGAAACACAUACGUGUGUACUAUUAAAUGAUUUUGUGGUACCUACAAAGUGAACACAUGUUAAACACAUACAUGUAUACUAUUACAUCAGUUCAUGGCACCUACAGUGGGAACACAUGUUAAACACAUACGUGUGUACUAUUACAUCAGUUUGUGGUACCUACAGUGUGAACACAUGUUAAACACAUACGUGUAUACUAUUAUACAGUUCGUGGUACCUACAGUGUGAACACAUGUUAAACACAUAUGUGUGUACUAUUACAUCAGUUUGUGGUACCUACAGUGUGAACACAUGUUAAACACAUACGUGUGUACUAUUACAUCAGUUCGUGGUACCUACAGUGUGAGCACAUGUUAAACACAUACGUGUGUACUAUUACAUCAGUUCAUGGUCAUUACCAUCCAGUUAAUCCAUGAUGGCUUCUGGAAGUAUUUUACUUAAUUUGCUACAUUGAAAAUUUUAUGAUAGAUUUCAGUGUCUCAAAUUAAACAGUUAUUGCCUUUUGCCCCUACUCUUAAAGAAUAGAAAAUUAAAGUCAUUUGUCCAAGAAUUACCCUCAAUACCUAUUGCUCUGUUGAAAAACUAUGAGAUUACUAACAAUUAUUUUGUGUUGCAAAUCCUCAGAUUACUCUAAUAGCAACUCUUGAUUAUUCUUGUAUCAAACUUUUAGAUUGUUCUGUUGGUAAACUCUCAGUAAAUUCUGUUGGCAAACUCUCAGUUGGCAAACUUGCAGAUCUGUUGACAGACUCUCAGAUUACUGCUAAUUGUCAGGAGCCUGCCAUGUACUCUGAGAAUGUGAUCUUCUUGAUGGCUCAGAUAGAUAACAUCUCCUAGGUUUUACUUUUGAACAAUUCAGACGUUAAAGGAUCUGAAUGUUUUUUGCUUGUUUUUUCAUUCUUUGAUAAGAUUCAGUUGUGAGAUUAGAAGCAAUUUCCAGUUUUGCCUGUUUAUGUUUGUUUUUCACUUUCACAUUAGUGUUUUGGAUUGCACAGUGUUCAUUGACUCUUUGUUACAUUUUUGUUGGCGAUAUUAGGUCUGGCCCCAGUUGUUGUAGUUGUCAGAUCUACCUGAUUACAUUGAGCAAAUGAAGCAUUAGCUCAUAUGAGCCCUGUGGUGCUAACUUACAUCUGUUCCCAAACAUUGAAUAAAAUUGUUAUUUUGACA